UGGCGGCGGCAGCACUGGACAACGGGCUGGCGCGGACGCCGCCGAUGGGCUGGCUGCAUUGGGAGCGCUUCCUCUGCGCCACCGACUGCGCCACCGACCCGCGCCGCUGCGUCAGCGAGCAGCUCUUUGUGGAGAUGGCCGAUGUGAUGGCUGCCGAGGGCUGGAGGGAUGCGGGCUAUGAGUUUGUCUGCAUUGACGACUGCUGGAUGGCCCCGACGCGUGAUGAACACGGCAGGCUCCAGGCUGACCCAAAACGGUUCCCCAGCGGGAUCCGCAAGCUGGCCGACUAUGUCCACUCCAGGGGGCUGAAGCUGGGAAUCUACAGCGAUGUUGGGAACAAGACGUGCGCUGGCUUCCCUGGCAGUUACAACCACUAUGACCUGGAUGCCCAGACGUUUGCCUCAUGGGGUGUGGACCUGCUGAAGUUUGAUGGCUGCAACUCUGACACGCUGGAGCUGCUGGCAGAAGGUUACAGGCGCAUGUCUCUGGCCCUGAACAACACUGGGAGGAGCAUUGUGUACUCCUGUGAGUGGCCUUUCUACUUGAGGCCUCUACAGCAGCCCAAUUACACGGAGAUCAAACACUACUGCAAUCACUGGAGGAACUUUUUUGACGUCUAUGAUUCCUGGAGCAGCAUCAAGAGUAUCUUGGACUGGACAGCACUUCACCAGGACAGCAUUGUGAAGAUAGCUGGGCCAGGCGGCUGGAAUGAUCCUGACAUGCUGGUGAUCGGAAACUUUGGGCUGAGCUGGGACCAGGCAGUGACUCAGAUGGCAAUGUGGGCUGUGAUGGCAGCUCCACUCUUCAUGUCCAACGACCUGCGGCACAUUAGUCCUGAGGCCAAGUGGCUGCUCCAGAACAAAGAGGUGAUCGCCAUCAACCAGGAUCUGCUGGGCAAGCAGGGAUACCAAAUCACCAAGGACAAGAACUUUGAGCUGUGGGAGCGGCCUCUGUCUGGCCGAGCCUACGCCGUGGCAGUGCUUAACCAGCAGGAGAUUGGGGGACCCCAGAACUUCACCUUCCCCCUCACCUUCCUCGGCAACGGGCUGGCCUGCAACCCAGCGUGCACCGUGCAGGAGGUCCUGCCAGCCAGCCGGGACUGGGGGGUUUACAGCUGGGUGUCUUCCCUGAGCGUGGAGGUGAACCCAACUGGCACUGUGCUGCUGAAAGUAGUGGCACUAUAGGAGGCACAAAGACAAGCUUUCUGUAAGUCUCAGACUGUCUAAACUUCUUGUCCAAGAAGCCUGUCUCCUUCCUCCAGGUGGGGUGCCUUCGUUCUCUCCUCAGGCUUUCACUACUCAAGUGCUUCCACAUGGACUUUGAACCUUCAUUGACAAAUACCCAUCGCUCCAUCACCAAGAGGUAACAAAGAAAGGGGUGCUGCUUCUCUUCUUUGACCCUUUCUCUGGCAUCUCACCUAACUUCUCCUCCAAGAGGCCAUAAGGCCCCAGCAGGGCAGCAGCUCCUGUUGAUGCCCAGUGCCACUACCAACCAAAGAAAUGCAAAGGACACAUGCAGCAUCUGACACCUGUGACCGUUUCAGGGACAAUAGGGGAAACACACUGCCUUGCUUUUGCUUUGCCCAGCUGGGGCAUGCAGUCCAAGAACAAGAAAAGCUGCUCCUACCCCUGCAGAAGAAACACAGCACUCUCCUCAGAGCAUGGACAUCUGUCUACCUUCUGAAAACUCAGGGGCUGGCCUAAAGCACUGCACUUGUUAGCAACUGCUUUCUUGACAGCUGCCUGCUUAGUAUAUAAAUGUGAUUAUCAUGCCUUGGGCCUCAGCUUUUGAGGGUUCCUCCUUACCCCAGGAGUCUUCCCCUCACCCCUGGCUGUCACUUCUCUUUGUAUGACAAUUCCCUCCACCCUUCGCUGGGAUCCCCCUUGCUCAGGGAGCCACCUUCCAGAAAUACCUGUGUGCUUGCCGUACUGCUGGCAGUAGCCUUUCAGCUGAAUAACACAGGUCCUUCCAAAACAGGAGAUGGAUACUUAAACACACAACCAUCACGUCCAAGUACAUUCUCUUCUGACUACUACACAAUCAAGACAUCUUGAUUUGUUCUUAUUUCUGUGAUUGAACACUUUGAUUAAAAUGUCCCUUAAAAAG